GCGGACAGGGCGAUAUCUCGCCGGGCAACCGCUAAGGGGCGGGCAUGCAUCGCCCCCACCCGACGCGGGGAUGGCAAACCGUCACGCGAAGGAUUGACCCAUAACUGUGACCCGGCCACCAUGACACGGGGAGGAUCCUGUGUGAUGCCCAGCGUCAGAGAAGAGUCUAGGAAAAGAAAAGAAAAUGAAAAAAGAAAGAAAAAAAAUCCCCCUCGUAUUCAGGCAACCGUGUGUUCGCUUGCGAAUUACGAACCCUCGUAUCGAGCGGGGCGCGCUGGCCAAAAAGAUGCAACGUUGGAUUAUACUUCGUUUAGCGUUUUGGGGGAUAUUUGCGCACUUACACAUCGUAGCUGGGGAUGCGCGAUAGGCCAAGGGGUCUGGUGGGGGUUUGCGACCAACAUUCCUCCACAAGUGGAUUUCUGGGGAAUUCCAUCAUUCCACGGAGGGGGAGGGGAAGGGACUCGGGGCAUAAAAGGGUCAAAGAAUCACCGCUAUUUGGUUUCGCCAUCAUCGAGUUCUCCAUAGUUUAUGUCAUAUCCCCCGCUUUACUGAAUAUCGAUAACUCUCAACUUCUCCGCUAUCCAAGCAAAUCCAAUCAAAAAAAACAAAAAAACACCUUUGAGAUGUCCACCAUGAAAGCCGUCAAGCACCAACCCCAGGGAAGCAUCUCCGUCGUCGAGGUCCCUAUCCCGGAUAUCAAAGAGGGUCAGUAUCUUGUUAAGACAGUCGCGGCAGCUCAUAAUUCCAUCGACAAGUAAGUUCCCCUCCCGCCAGUAUUUCCCGGCCCACCUGUUUGCUUGUACUAAUGAUCAACGCCAGUGAUAUCAUCGAAUAUGUAAGAUACCCCCUUAUUCCGCAUCAUAGCCCGCUAACCAAAGACAGGGACUGGCCGGUGGCCCCGGUUCCUCCGUCGGAUUCGACUUCGCUGGGAUUAUCGAAAGAACCGGCCCGGGGACUUCUGGUCGCUUUUCUCUGGGUGACAGAGUCGCCGGCAUGGUGCACGGAUGCAAUACACAUACCCCAGCUGAAGGGGCCUAUCAGGAAUACAUCCCGGCCGAGGAACACAUGUUGUGGAAGAUUCCCGGUAAUAUGGAACUUAGACAGGCUGCCGCUCUCGGCGCUGCGGUGUUGACUGCCGCGUUGAGUCUUUACAACGAGUUGAAGAUUCCGGUCCCGGGAGAGGGAAAGGUAGAGGAGGGAACUUGGGUGAGUACCAUAGAGCCGGUGGACAGUAAGAACUAUGCUGAAAGCUUGGAAGUUGCUUGUUUAUGGUGCAAGUAGCUCGGUCUCGCAGUCUGUUCUUCAACUUGCAAAAUUGGCCGGAUUUAGGAUCGUUGCCACGGCGAGCCAGAGGAACCAUGAAUUGGUGAAGAGUCUGGGGGCCGAGUACGUUUUUGAGUACAGGGACAUCAACCAGUGCAUUAAGAGCAUUAAAUCUGUGGUCGGGGACGAUCUUCGUGUCCGUGAACGCUGCCUUACCUUCUCUCCACUCUUUAUCGCUAACGGUGAAUAGUACGCCCAUGAUAGCAUCUGCCAGGGCGAUUCCACCAGAAUCGUUCUGGACUGCAUCAGCUCCAAGGUAACCCUAUCCCAUUUCGCUAACCACUCAUCCAUCAUCACCCAAGGUUAAUAUCUUCAAACAGGGCGGAAAGGUCGCCUGCACAAUCCCCGUCCCCCCCGAGAAAGUCAAUAGAAAGGACGUUGAAAUGGGGAACAUCGACGUCUUCGCUGUCGCCGGCCGGGUACCCGCCCCUCCACCGCGAUAGCAAAGCGUUACUCACAGCUAACGACGUCAGGAAUACUCCUUCAUGGGAAACACCUGCCCCGCCGUCCCCUCCUACAAAACUCUCUUUCAAAAAUUCUCUCCCAUCUUUGAAAGGUUGAUUGCGGAUGGGAAGUUCAAGUUGCAGGGCACCAGGGAGAUGACCGGAAGCUUGGAGAGCGUAAAGGAUGGGUUCGCCGAAUUUAAGGCUGGGAAAGCGAAUCAGUUGAAGCUGGUUUAUGUUCUUUAGAGCGAUCUGUUUCCUGCUCCUGUUCUGGAGUCCGCGGAGGUUCGUGAGUUUUUGGACGGGGAUUAUGGAAUACGGUUGACGGCUGGCGAUCUGUCGGGUAGUUUUUAUGAAUUGAAGAUUUGA